UUUAUUACCGAGCAGUCGACCAGAAAGUCCCUCAGUUGAGCCGAGAGAGAGCGGCGAGCAGCACGGGAGGAGCGGGCAGACGUGGAGAGGUUUAACCGUCGUCAUAUUUUUUUUUUUUCUUCCAAAAAACGUUAUUUCACCUCAGACUCGGACACUUGGACUUGUUUUUUUCCACGGACCCCUCCGGCUUUGGUGGAUAUCGCGCACGUUUCGUGUUUUCCUGCCUUUUUAACGGCUGAAGCUGCUCGGCAGAAGCAGAAUGCGUGGGGGCUGAUACCGGAGAGUCCUCCACCCAACUUUUCAAAAAAAAAAAAAGGGUUCGCUUUUCCUUUUCUGGACUAUGUUGGCGUGGAAAGUCUCACAGUUCUGAAACCUCCUGAUCAGAUUAUGAAGAUUUCAUAUUGCUGUGUCAAUGACGGGUAAGAUGGAAACACCCUUCUAUCACGAUGACACACCGAGCGUUCCAAACUUUGGACAGAUUCCAGAUUACGAUCGAUAUCAAAGCCACAAGAUGAUGAGCAAGAAGAACAUGGCUGUGCAUAAUUUCCCCGGCGCAGUGGGAAGCGCCUCCGGCCUGAAGCUGUUGCAGGGCCAGGCCGGGAGCAACGGCAACAUCAACCCCAACAGCCUGGGCAUUAACAGCAACCCCAACAGCUCUCUGAUGUCCUCGUCCGACAUGAACCUCCUGAAGCUCUCCUCUCCUGAUCUGGAGCACCUGAUCAUCCAGUCUAACCAGGGGCUGGUCACGACAAGCCCUGCUCCUAGUUCUUCUGGCAACGCUUUCAUGUACAGGAACCAGGCCACGAACGAGCAGGAAGGCUUUGCGGAUGGCUUCGUCAAGGCCUUAGCGGAUCUUCACAAACAGAACCAGCUGGUCGGAGCCCCCAUGUCCCCUUCCUCCUCCAUCCAGGGCCCGUACCAGAGGAACCUCAUGUCAGGCGGGGAGAUGCCCAUAUACACCAACCUAAGCAGCUACAACCCUAACCAGCUCUCCGUGUCCUCGUCCUACCCCGGAGGACAGAUUCCCUACAGCGCCUCCGCCCAUGCCGCGGCCCAUUCCAGCCAGGGUCAGGGUCACCACCCCCACGGCCGCGGUCUGGAUGCUCCUCAGACCGUCCCGGAAGUUCCUCACCCGCCUGGCGGAGAUCCCACCAGCUCCCCGCCGUCCCUCUCUCCCAUCGACCUGGAGACCCAGGAGAGGAUCAAGGCCGAGCGGAAGAAGCUGAGGAACCGCAUCGCGGCCUCCAAGUGCCGCAAGAGGAAGCUGGAACGGAUCUCGCGGCUGGAGGAGAAGGUGAAGGUGCUGAAGGCGCAGAACUCGGACCUGGCGUCCACGGCCAGCAUCCUGCGGGAGCAGGUGGCGCAGCUCAAACAGAAAGUCAUGAAUCAUGUGACCAAUGGCUGCCAGAUAGCAGUCAGCUCAGCCACCAUGGCCAAGAGUGGGGAGAGCACCAGCUGCUGAAACAAUGAGAGAUGCAAAAAAAAGGGUUUUUUCCUCUCUCUCUCUCUCUCUCUCACUCUCUCUCUCUCUCUUGCUCUGUGUCUCUGCCUCACCCUGAACUCUCGUCCUCUCCUCUGCAACCUUGUCUCGCUGUCACUGUGGGAGUCAGCACCGCGAAGAAGCGACGAGGUAACGUGAGACGGACGGCGUAAAAGUGGAGACGGUCCAACUGACACGGACGCAAUUCUAGGAACGGAGAGAGCGCGCGAGAGAGAGGAGCUUUCGCUAGCGGCGCGGCGGAGGCAGCCACGACUCGGCUCCAACCUCUGAGCGUCACUCUAAAACGGUUUCACCUACAGACUGUGCGAUUUUCCAGAGAAUACAAUCAUGAGCACACCUCGUCUUGCUUACAUGUUUUUUAAACGGUGUGUUAUUGUUUGACUGCACUUUGAACUUGAACUCCAUCAGGUCAAUAGGGAACCUACGGACUGGGACACAGCAAUACUAACCAAACCCCCAACAAAUGGGAUGACUUAGUAAGGGAACAACAAUAUGCCGUCACACGGGCAAGCACAGACCGGGUUUAGGACACAAACGUUGACUCACUGCGGGAAUUCCUGCGCUCGAAAAAAAAGAUUUUCUCCCCCCAGAGGAAGACUAUCAACCCAGCUUAUGACUAAAAAGGCAAUUUUCCACUUCGAUGAGAUGGGAAUACAUUUUCUUCUUCCUUUUUUUUCCCCUUUUAACAGCAUCGUAGUCAGCUGCAGGGUAACCUUUGCUGUUUGUUUUUUUUAUUGUUCAAUACCAUGCACUAUUAUGCGGAUCUGAACGUUUAUAAAUAGCCAGUGAUACGGUCACAUAAGGAAAAACUUUUUUUUUGUGCUGUUCCUGUUUGAAGUUGUCACAUAUUUGAACAACGAAAUACCCCCCCCAGAUAUUGAUAUGUCAACCGUAUUGUAACGUAGUUAUACCAGUGGAGAUUUUGUUGAAGUCCGGUCACCGUGUCUCAAUAACACAUUGAAGCAUACUGUUUGUACGUUUGUUGGUUCGUUUGAUAUCGUGCAAUUUGUGAAUACAGGAGAGAAAAAAAAAAAGAACUUUUCUACGAAACUGAGAGUUUCAGCUUUUUUUAUAAGUAUUAAUUUACUGUGUUUGAUAUCGAGACAUUGAGACGUUGAUUAGUACACGAAAAUCUACAUCUACCCGUGAGGUUUUGGGGUACUGUGCAACAAAAAAGACACUUUUAAAGGUACCUAUUUACUCUUUUUUGAGCCUGAACUCAACUGAAACAUUCUCUAGCAUUCCAAGACCUUUUGCACUGUAUUUUCUCUUGUGAUUUUUUUGGUUUUUUUUUUGCUUGGGAGAUACAGUUUAACAGUGGGUUAAUGCUGUGUUAUGUGCCCUAAUGUCGUGUAUUAACCUUGAACAGCUACGUUGGAAACCAUGGAUGCUUCUUAAUUUAAAGCGCAGACACGUUGUUAGGCUUUGCAAAAGGGAUUGAGGGUCCAGACGAGUGCACGGGGUCAACUUAGUGCAAAAGACUCUGCUGUAAUCAGAGCUGGCCAGCAAAGGGCUUUUGAUCAGUAGUAUUGUGCAUUUUCUGUUUUGUUUUCUGUUUGUUGUUUUCCUUCUUUUCAUUUUGUAAGGACUCUGAAGCAAUUUAUUUAUGCAAAACUUUAUCUAUAUGGUAUUUAUGUUGUUGUACAGGUUGAAAUACUGGUGUCAUAUUGGCACUUUUUUUGGGGGAACUACAUAAAUUGCACAUAAAUCGAAACAGUAAAUGAUGUCUAAUAUUUAUCCUCUAUGUACAGCAUAAUGGUUUUAAUUAUUUUAUUUUAUUUUUAUUUUUUUUUGCCUAUGUUUUUUAGUGGAUUCCAAAAUAAAAAAGUUGCGGUUUGUUGGUACAGUAUCCAAAAUUUUACUUCAUAUUAGUGAAAGUACAUUGUUUAGAAUAAUACCAUAAAGAACUAUGUUUAGCCUUGCGUUUCAUGGAGACCUCCUAAAGACAGCUCGCUCCUUUUUUUGCGGUCGAUCCACGAUCGACGAUCGAUGAUCGACGAUCGACGCUUACAGACACACGGGGAGAGAGAGAGAGAAUUCCUAUAAAUCUGCUCAUUUGUUGGUGCACUGAAAUGCCUUUCCUAUAAAAAAACACAUAUAUAGAUCGUUCUAUUUAUAUAUGUCUAUAUUCGUAUGGAGCUGAAUAGAUUUGAUAGGGGUACUGAAGACAGGAGCUGUCAAAUGACCUUUGAGCGUCAAGGAAAUAUUUAUUUUUUUGAAACUUGAAUAAGGCUUUGGAUGUCACAAACUUAUAUUUUUGUACAAAAUCGUUUUUGUUUUUUUCUUUCUGAUUGUUAUGAAGAGUGAGAACAGUGAUCCGUAUACCUUUUAUCAGUCCAGAAAUACUUUAUUUAUUGAGGUGGUAUUAAAACAAACGAG